CUUUGCUCUGCUACCAAGGUCUGCGCGAACGAUGGCGCCAGUAUAGAUUGGUCAGGUCUUUACAUGGAGAGUGGGCAUCUGGGUUUCGGUUAGGGCUGGGGUACGAUGUGACCGCGGACUGAAACGCUGAAGUGACGGGAAGGCUUAGCUACGGAGGCGGCAGGAGGGGGCCUCGUCCCUCAGUUAAACCCCAGGCCUGCCCGGGCCUCUUUCACUGGGGAGGACAUUACUGUGGUGACACAGGGAAGAGCUGGACCUACAAUCACGUUAGUGCUUUGUGAGCUUGAAAAAGUGUGUGUCUUCGUGUGUGCUUGGCUUUGCUGGCAAGCGUGAACUCCUACUAGAGCACCAAGGUAACCUCUGCCAUGCCUGAAGAAGAGAAGGACGAAGGCCUGGGUGUGGCAGGUGACGAGGCCCCCCUGCUGGCAGGGGAGCAUCCCGCGGGGACUCUGGGUGUCCGGCACCAGCCGAAAGACACCUACUGCCUGGUCUAUAUCAUCUUCUUCCUUCUGGGCGUUGGCUCGUUGCUGCCCUGGAACUUUUUCAUCACAGCCAAGCACUACUGGCUGUACAAGCUGAGCAACGAGUCUGACCUAGAGCACGAGGAGCCACGCUCUGAUCUCAGUGACUACUUCGAGAGCUACCUGUCCAUCGCUUCCACUGUGCCCUCAGUGCUGUGUCUGGUCCUCAACUACCUCCUGGUCAACAGACUCUCCUCAAGGUUCCGGAUCCUUACCUCACUGGGCAUGAUCCUCGCCGUCUUCAUCGUGACCACGGUCCUGGUCGUGGUGGAUGUGUCAGACCACCAGAUUCAGUUCUUCGCUGGGACUCUGGCCAGUGUCGCCCUGGUCAGCGGGGCCUCCAACAUCUUCUCAGGAAGUGUCUUUGGGAUCAGCGGCCACUUCCCCAUGAGGAUCUCACAAGCGCUCAUAUCUGGACAAGCCAUGGGGGGCACUAUGAGUGCGGUUGCGUCCAUCGUGGACCUGGCAGUAGCCAAGGACGUGACAGAUAGUGCCCUGGCCUACUUCCUGACCGCAGAUAUCUUCACGCUGCUCUGCAUCGGCUUGUACCUCCUUCUGCCCAGACUGACAUACUCACGGUACUACAUGUCCGUGGCGGCCUGUGGGAGCACUGCGAUGCUGUCUGACAGGCUGUUCGAAGAGAGGGAUGGAUCUGUGAGAUCCGGAGAAGAGGUCUCCAUACCACCGCUGAAGCCCAUCUUGAAGAAGACGUGGGUGCUGGGCUUCUGCGUGUUCUACGUCUUCUUCAUCUCUAUCAUAGUCUUCCCAGCUGUGUCGUCUGGGAUUCAGUCCGUUCACAAGGACUCUGGCAGCCCAUGGACCACCACCUACUUCGUGCCACUGACCAGCUUCUUCCUGUACAGCGCCUCUGACUUCUGUGGGCGGCAGGCCACCGCCUGGCUCCAAGUGCCAGGUCCCACCAGCCAGGUCUUGCCGGUGCUGGUUCUGGCUCGGACAGUCUUGAUCCCACUCUUCAUGUUCUGCAACUACCAGCCCCGGGACCAUUUGCACACAGUUCUUUUUGGCCAUGACCUCUACCCUGUGAUCUUCGUGUCACUUUUGGGCCUCAGUAAUGGAUAUCUGGGCACAUUACCCAUGAUCUAUGGGCCUAAGGUGGUACCGCGGGACCUGGCAGAGCCCACCGGUGUGGUUAUGUCCUUCUUCCUCACCCUUGGCCUAGCUGCUGGGUCGGCCUUCUCUGUGCUUAUCGUUCACUGUAUCUGACAGGGGAUCUAGGACUGGGGAUAAUGACAUCCCAUCAUGCUCUGCAGCUAAUGGAGCUGCAGUGGCUAAUCACGGUGCUGACGCUGUUCUGAUCCCUGUAGAGAUCACCCCGUUUGACCUACGGUUCGAGGGGGUGAUGGGCCAGUGCUCUGCCCCAACAUUCAUUUUGCUGUCAGUCUAAAAUGUAGUAUGUAAGACAGCGGUGCAGGAUCUUAAGUUUUGUUGUGUAACUUUUAAAUGUAUUUUAUGGUGAUCUUAACAUGUUUUUACGGUGAUCAAGAUCUUGUGUGAACCUUGCGUUUGGUAGGUUAGCUGUAUUUUUGGACCAAAUCUAACUAGGUUUGUGUUUUUGGGGGGUAAAUUCUGUUUCCCCCUUAAUCAGCGUAGAAAAUGUGUUUGACUUCAGGGACAUUUAAAAAAAAAAAAAAAUUUGUGGACAAGUUCUUUCGUGGACAAGCUGUAGUCUGUCGACUUUUGAUCAUUUACCAUCAUAUUGUCUUCCAGUGAAAAAGUAACUUAUCAGGGCGCAGCAGGGACUUGGCAAAAAACUUGUUGUCUUAAACAGUGUAAAUCAUCUCUGACAGAUCAUUCCACAUGGAACAGCUAAAUGCAAAACAAAAUAUGAUUUAUUCCUUUGCUUGACACUGACUCUAGAUUAUUAGUUUUUACACAAUUAAACAAUCCUAACAAAAA